AUGAGGGCUUUUUGGGUUCUAGCAUCUUUGGGUCUUUAUGCCCAAUGGUAUUUGGGUCAUGGAGCGUAUAUUUCAAGCAAAGACGCUCUAAGUUUGCUCUCUAAAUCCCUAAAUGAUGAACGUUUAGCCAAUUUUGUCCUCCACUCACAUCGUUUUAUGGGAACUACAAAGAUAGCAAAGAAGCCCCUGGAAGGUGGAUAUUUGGAUGCUGUACCUGCUGGUCUUCUCCUGUAA